AUCACUGAAUACACCCAUUUUGAGAAAACAGCUGCUUUCCUAUUAGCCCCUAGUGCUUCACAAUUACCUAACUAAAACACAAUUUAAAACAUCGGAACUAUGUCCUGGAUCGCAAAUAAUGUACGCAAAGCUUUCACCAGUCCAAAUAUAAGUCAACAAUUCCUGCAGAAAUGGAGUACAACAGCAGCGGCUAUCAAUAUACCAACCUCUUCAGUUGGCUUGCGCUACCUGUCUUUUGAGGAAAAGCGAGCAAAAGGACCACUUAUACGCCGUUACGGUUAUAAGGACCGACUACAUCAACGAGGUUUACUUCCACAUUUCGAUAACGGUCAAAAAUUACCAAUGCCAGAUUAUCGACCGAGAAAUGUUUGGUCUGAGAAACGUGCACUUUUCGGUCAAAAUGAUUAUAUAGACAUACUUGGCUCGGACCGUGUGCAUCCCACUCGUGUAUUGUAUUCCGUACCAUCAUGGCUGCGUGGUGUUUCGGGCAAUGAGUAUCAAGUGUUACUACGCAAACGAAAAAUGCUUGCUAAAUCAAAAUAUCCCAUUGCAAGACCGACGAAAUGGAAGCAAUUACAAAAACGCAUACUUUAUCUUUACCGAUUCCUUAACCGCAAAACGAAGACUAGCUUCUCGAAACAGUAAAACCAAUCGUUUUUUUUACGCUUGAGAAAUCGUGUGCUGUUAGAUAUAAUAUUUAAAUAUUAUAAACUUUAAUGGAAAGUUUUGUUAAAUAAAUACUUGAAUCAAGUCUUAAAUACAAACGGAAA